AUGUUCAUUCUCCCAUUACUGUCGAUCUUCUACAUCGUCAUAGCUCGAGCCAGAGGAGCCCGAGUAUGUUACUGGGACCUGGGCUGCUUCACAGACGAGCCUCCGUACCCGGAGCGCCUGCCGCAGCCUCCCGAGGCGCUAAACGUGCAGUUCCUCCUGUACACCCGACACAACAUGGACGACCCGCAGACUCUUACCGUCUGGGACGUGGAGGGGGCGGACAACUCACACUUCAAUAGAACUGCGGACACCAAGGUCAUCAUACACGGCUUCAUCGACGACACCGACGUCGGGUGGCUCAUCAAUAUGAAGGACGCCAUCUUGUACAGGGAAGAUGUCAAUGUCAUCCUCGUGGACUGGGCGGGGGGUUCUCAGACCCUGGACUACACCCAGGCCGCGUCAGACACCCGAGUGGUGGGGUCGGAGGUGGCGAGAUUCAUCAUUUUUAUAAAGUAUUUGAAAGACUAUCCGGAAGAAAGAUUUCAUCUAAUAGGACACAGUCUUGGGUCACAUAUAGCAGGGCAAGCGGGGAAGUUAUGGAAAGGAAUAGGUAGAAUAACAGGGCUGGACCCCGCCUACCCGUUCUUCGAGGGUAAACCGCCGGAAGUUCGCCUCGAUCCGACCGACGCCCUCUUCGUAGACGCCAUCCAUACUGACGGAGAUGCCAACCACAAAUUAGCUGGUUUUGGCAUGAUGGAUCCAGUCGGCCAUCUUGAUUUCUACCCUAACGGUGGAAUGGACCAACCCGGAUGCGGGGAGUCUCUGUUUGAGUACGUUAGGGACCAGGGUGUCUGGGGAGGCGGAGAGACGUUUGUGGUCUGUAACCAUCUCCGGGCGGUUAUUCUCUUCAUAGACUCCAUCAACUCCGACUGUGCCUGGAAGGCCUACCCUUGUUCGGAUUAUCAGAGUUUCGUAGACGGAAACUGCAUGACAUGCGGUGACGUGGGUUGUUACUCCAUGGGUUACGAUGCAGACAAGACUUACACACCCGGCAGCCCGGUCAACAUUAAACUGUACAUGACAACAGCAGACAGCUAUCCUUUCUGUCACGAAGAGCUUCACCAUGUCAAGUUGUCCCUAAGCAAACCUCCAGACUGCGAAGAGUACAAGGCGGAACAGUUGUAUCUGCGCCUGCGCGGGGAAAAUAAGUCGACUGAAAACACCCCGCUGUUAAAGGACCAUCUUUCCGUCGAACACAAGCGAGACAGUUUCGAGUUCAUCGUGGGGAGUCGGAAGGGCAUCGGGUCCAUCCGGGGCCUUGACCUCCGGUGGAAGCCGUACUCAGACAACAUCCUGAGCAGUCUGGGCGUGUUCGCGGAGUGGCUGUUCGCCUCGGACCUGGGCACCUGCGUCAAGCUGGACAAGGUCAGGGUCAACACGGCGGGGGACGUCAACGGGACAAGCACUGAGGUGGUCUGCACAAGGAAGGACCUGCAGCCUGACAUUACUCAGACAUUCCAGCGGGAAGAGGGCUGCCUGUGAGCAGUUUGGGGGAAUCUUAGAGACCAAGUUGUACGGUUGAAGAGCUGUUGAGAUAAAACAACUCCAUGUAUUUGGUGCUUAUUUACAACUUAAUAAUGUAACGGUUGUAGGAACGACCAACACAUUUAUUCCUUUUCAGUUAACUCUGGAAUCAUGUUCGUAUUGUAUUCCAAUUCAGUCACAAAGUGACAAACUGUAACAUUUAGAUAGAUUGGUUGAUUUUCCACCAAUGAUCGCGUGGAUUGUUGAGUACAUUAUCCAGAGAGGUUAAAGGUUAUAUGGGCACAAAGCAGGAUGGGUAAUCAAGAUGGAGAAAGAUAAUGUUGAUGUUGAGAAAGAUAGAGAGUGGCCAACAUGUGAAAGACGGGAGAAUGGAAGUAGGAGAACAUUGUAAGACGAAAGGAAAAGACAGGACGAAAAAGCAGGUAGGAAGGACGAAUGGAGGAGAAAAAGACAGGAAGAGAAGACAGGUAGGAUGGACGAAUGGAUGAAUACAUAGAGGAAAACCAGAAUGACUAUGGUGUUAUAGGGGCUUGGGUGAAGAGGUAAACAGACAGAUUGUUUCAAAAUUGGGAAUGACCCCUCAGAUUAUGACGUAAGAUCCGGAAGCAGGGAGCAAGAACAAUGCAAGAAGUUGAAAGUAUUUAAUUCCAGCUAAGUGAUGUCUUCUGAUUACUGAUAAUUAUCGAUUACCAAUGUGUCUUAUAAUUAGAUGUAAUUCCAUAACACAGACUUGUAAAAUAACAGCUGCGCCAACCCUCUAGAGCCGUAAAACACGUAUGUACGUAUUGAUGAUAUUUGCUGGUAUACAGCCACUUGAUUUGUAUAUGAGCGACAUCGUCAGAAUUUAAUGAAUGGUUUAUGACAGGUUUUCCUACCUGACAUGAUGGCCUUGUGGUUAGGGUUGUUGACUUAUUAUCUAAAGGUUGUGGGUUCGGAUCCCUAGCGGGUUAUAUAUUUGACUCAGGUGAAAAUGAGUACCUCUCGGGUGGGGAGUAAAUAGGUGGUCCAGUGCCACACCUCGAGCACGUUAAAGAACCCACCACACUUGUCGAAAGGGGAAGAGUCCUUUCUGAUGUGAGUGGAUCGGUCUUGUCUUAUGCAGCUUAACAUAACUACCUGUGUGUAACGCCUGAAGACAAGUUGUUCCUCUGAGGACCUUUUUUGUGAACGUAUGUUGUGAAAGUUACAUGUUGUUGACUUUGGUGAUUACUACUUUACAGGAAUGUACACUUGUGUUUAGAAUUAAUUAAGAUACAUUGGCGAUAGGAUUCCUUUUUAUGGUGCUACAAACUACCUAUUGUUUUUCUGCUUGUUCUAGUGUAUAUUAUUAGUACAUUAUUAAUGUCAUUAGUAACAGGUGUCAUCGGUGAUACGUUUGUUGUUGUUGUUUGGACCUUGUGUUGAUGAUGCGGAGUUGGUGUUGUGUUGUCUUGUUUACCGUCUUGUGUCACCAUUAAAAACAAACCUUGACCUUAAUUCAGUGUCCUCU